GGCUCCGAGUCCACCCCUGGCGCGCCGGUGCGGGCGGGAGGCGGGGAGCGUAGGGGCGGCGGCGGCGCAGCGGUAGCGAGCAUGUGCUACGCAGCCCAGUAACCAGGGACGACCGCGGCUACCGAGCGCCGGCGGCUGCGGCGCCCAGCCCCGCGCAACUCCACGCCGUGGCCGCCUGCACCUCCAAAGGCCUGGCCCUCGCCGCCAGGUCCCCGAGGCCCCUUGAGCCGCCAGCCGCGGUCGCGAGGCGUGCCGGAGCCCCGCGCACGGGACGCGCGGGCACGGCCAGACAAAGGCGCGGCCCCGGCCCGGCCCAGCCCGGCCUGCGGGCCUCCGCGAGCCCCAGCCGCUCCCGCUGGGCGCCCCGAGCGGGUCCGGCCCGGGGAGCGGGGGCCGCGGCCGCCGAGCAUGGGGAAAUCCAACAGCAAGUUGAAGCCUGAAGUUGUGGAGGAGCUGACCAGAAAAACCUACUUCACCGAGAAGGAAGUACAGCAGUGGUACAAGGGCUUCAUUAAAGACUGCCCCAGCGGGCAGCUGGACGCGGCCGGCUUCCAGAAGAUCUACAAACAGUUCUUCCCGUUUGGAGACCCCACCAAGUUCGCCACGUUCGUUUUCAACGUCUUCGACGAGAACAAGGAUGGCAGGAUCGAGUUCUCUGAAUUCAUCCAGGCGCUGUCGGUGACCUCAAGGGGAACCCUGGAUGAGAAGCUGCGGUGGGCCUUCAAGCUCUACGACUUGGAUAACGAUGGCUACAUCACCAGAAACGAGAUGCUGGACAUAGUGGAUGCCAUUUACCAGAUGGUGGGGAACACUGUGGAGCUCCCGGAAGAAGAGAACACACCAGAGAAGAGGGUGGACCGGAUCUUCGCCAUGAUGGACAAGAAUGCUGAUGGGAAGCUGACACUCCAGGAGUUCCAGGAAGGCUCCAAGGCCGACCCCUCCAUUGUGCAGGCACUGUCCCUCUACGACGGGCUGGUAUAGUCCAGGCCCAGAGCUGUGAUGUGUGGGAACCACUAGCCUCUUCCUGUGCCAUGAAACCACCGCAGCCUGAUACCACCCUGUGCCCACCCAGCCUUCCUCAUCCACGCAUAGCCGGCCACCCCGGAGCCUCCAGGCCCUGGUUCUCUUCUCCCCUGCCCCCGCAUCCACCUGCCGCCUGAAGCCACUGGUUCCAACUGUCAACAACCUCCGCUUGUCCGAAACAACGACAAACCGACACGGAAAAGGCUCCGGCCCUCUGCAAAACUAAGGACUUGGCUGUCUCCUUGGGGCAGCCGCUCCGUUCCUCCUGCUCCCCCUGCGCUCGCGUGCUUCCCUUUUUUAUUUCAAACAGACACUGUACAAGAAAACAAACAAACUACCUUCUGUUCUAGAAGAUACUGACCAUCGGGAGAAGGCCUCUGUGUCUCAGAGAACUCGGGCUCUGUCUGGUCCCCUGCAGUGGUGGCCGGGGGCGCCAGGGAUACCUGGCAAGGGCUCUCUUAGCUCAGCCCUGAGCAGCAAGGCCUCUGGCAGGCAAGGAUGGUUAGCGGUGAUGGCUCAUGUGAAAACAGUAUUGUGCAUUUUCUGGGGAAAGUGAGGAUUUUUUUUUAUAUAUAUAUAUACUCAUAUAUAAUCGAUACCUUUUAUUUAUUGGUUGUUAACUAUUGCUGCUACCUUGUGUGUCUGAAACACCCAGGAUGCUGGGCCUCCGUUUACAUGUGCACGCCCUCACCUACCUGCCCGCCUCACUUGGGAGGAUGGUGGCCUGCAGCGGCCAAGAAGCCAAAAAUCAUUUCCUCUGUUUUUGUUUUUUAUUUUUCAGAUACUGUGCUCCAUUUUCGGAGAGGGGAAGGUGGGCAUUCCUAAAUGGCUAACGUACUGUUCCCCCAGCUUCUGCCCUUGAGUCCCCUCCCCUCUCCUCUGCUCUCCUUGGAGUCCAUAACACUUUUUUCCAGGACAAAAAUGGAACUUUCUUUUCUUUCUUUUUUUAAUUUUGCAACUUUUGCUUUGACGUUCACAGCAGAGAGAAAAUGGAGGGCCUUGUUCUGGGAGUGGGAGCUGGAGAGGGCAUCAGGCACGUGGUGUGGAGAGUAUGAAGUGAGCUUCUCUGCAAGGCGCUGGCAGGGCUAACGGUGCCUCUGCCUCCUUGAUGCUGAGGGGGUGGGUAUGGCUUGUGAACCCCUCUGCUUCCCUGCCUCUGUCUGCCUUUUGCAGCAGGCUUCUUCCCUUGCUAGGAGUCUAGGAAGGAAGGGAUAGGAGGGUGGGAUCAGGCCAUGCUGCUGAGGAAGGGCUCUGCUCCUCAGAGUUGAGGCCAGAGCAAGGGAUGGCUCCAGAUCUGUCACCAGGAGCACCAUGCAACCAUGGACUAGGAGCAAGGAGCCCAAGGUUGGGCUGCGUGGGGAUUUUGUAGUCCUCGCUUCCCAGGCAGCAGGGCUGGGAGGCUGGGGAUGGUCGGUCUUGCUGAUGAUGUCUGAUUCUCAGUCCGGGAGCCAGGGUUCCUGCAUUUGUGACGCUGUUCCGUGGCUGUUUUCUGGGCCCUGGAGGGUAGGGUGCAGGAUUACAUGAGUGACCGUGCAGCCCUGGUGUGCUCUCUGGACACAGCCUCUGCUGUGGGAGUGCUGGGUCUGGCCCAGAGGUCCCCCACCCCUUAGCCCCUCUUUAGGAUUCUCUGGACUCUUGAGUUCCUCUGGGCUCAUCCCCAUCCUGGGCAGCUCUUCCAGGUGAGACACGGCCUCCCAACUGCAGAGAGGCAGGGCCUGACCCCACAUUUCUUGCUUCUAGUUUGUACAGCCUCUCUGCCCAUCACUGAGAGGGGAAAAUGGCCCCUGAAUUUUCUUUUGCUCUGAUUUCCCUGUGAUCUCCACCACACUUCUGGGAGGCCAAAAUCUCCUUGCUAAUGGCCCAUGGGUGAGCAGCUGCUGUCAGCAGAAGGGUGGAUGUCCUGCCUGUCCAUUCCUGCAGUAGGGAUGCUUAGCCAGUCCACAUAUACAUCCUCUUCAUGGGCAUACCCUUUGAUCAUGCUGUGCCCACUGGCAGCCCACCAGAUCCCAUGGGGUUCCGGCUACCCAGCCAAUUUUCUCUGAGGCCUCUUUGGUCAGCUUCCUGCUUGGCCCCUGACAGGGCCUCUAGGACAUAGAGUAGAUGUGGUGACUUAGGUUGAGAGGUGAGAGUGGGCCUUUCUCUGGUCUCUGGAGCCUCAGUUGCCCUCUCUGUCAAUAGCAUGUUUGGUAUCAUUAGGACCCAAUGGAUUCUUAGCUGAGGACCGCUGACGGUUAAGCAUGGGGCCCGUCAGCUGAAGUGUUCACCGAGUGUCUGCAAGUCCAGGCUUCCUCUCAGCAUCUUGGCUUUUGGUCUUAACAGUUUAUGUUCUUGGGCCCAAGCCUUGGACACUGAGAUAGCCCUGGGCUGCCUUUUUUCCUGGCAGGGUGCCGGACACCAUUUUCAUUCAAGGAUGCGUGCUGGUUGACUUCUGUCUCUCCUUCACCAGCAGUUAGCUGAGGCACACAGCACGCCCAGAAUUUGAGGCCAGGCGUCCUCCGCGCAGCCCGAGGGCCUCUCUCUACCCCAUCUGAUGCUGCUUUCUUUAGGGGUGUGGCCCAGCCUUGAGGACAGGCUCCGGUCCCUCGGCGGACCCUUUUUUCUAGGGCUAGGGAUGCUGUGAGCCCCCCUCUUCUUCCUAGCAUCUGCUCCCAACUUUUGUCAGUGGUGACUUAGGAGAGCGUCACGACUUUGUGAUAUCUAGCCAGGUUUAAAAUAACAAGGCAAAUGUAUGCGGCAUUGACAUUUCUUUCUUUAAAUGCUCUGCACUUUGCUAGUUGAUUUCUUAGGAAGAUGCAUUUGGGCUUUUGGGACAUUGUCUUUUCUAGGGGAUGGUGGAGCGUGGGGUGCCUGGGGAUCUCAGGCAUCUCUCCAGAGAAAGCCCCCACUGCCGGCCAAGCAGAGAGAUUCUUCCCAGUGUUUCCGCAUUUAUGUGAUCCAAGGAUGCAUGGGUACGCCCCCUGGUGGUGAUGAGCCGCAGCAGCACCUGCGGCUGCAGUGGUCCAGCAAGUGGUGAGGCUUGAGGUGGGAAGCCGGAGGGGGGUUGUGAUUCCAGAGGCCCUGGACCCCUGCCCCACAUAUCUGGCAGCAUGUCUCCCACAUGCCCCUCUGCUAGGUCAUCUGGGACUGGCAAGGUAGUUGGCAUAAGGGCACAGUGGGAAGCUUUGCCCUCCCAACUUUAAUUUUUUUAAAAAUAUCUGCAGAAUAAAUCCAAUGGUUAAUUUUUGAAUGAAUAAAAGGCUUUUGUUGAAUAAA